AAUUUAUUGUUGUGUGAGGUCUGGUCAUAAACUUUAUUAGUAGCAGUAGUCGUUAAUUGGUCCAUAUUGAAUAUGAAUGUAAAAUAAAAUAGUACACAAAACAAAGAAUAAUCAACAUUUGAGACUACUUCCUAUUAAAACAAGAAUAUUUGUACCGUUGAAAAUAUUUUUUAGUGUUAGAAAUUGUUAUUUUUCGCCAAUUUGAUGUGUGUUUCUUUGAAGAAUUUUUAAUAAAUAUUAAUUCAAAAUUUGUUCAUAUUGCAAAUCUGAAUAUUUGUUAGUGUUUUUGUGUAACUGUAAAAUUCUGUUAACAAAGUAUGAAUCGGACUCGCAAAAAAAUUAUUCGCCCAAAAAAUCCAUAUUCAAGUGCAAAUUUUUUUUCACGCUGGAGUUUCUGUGUUACCGAUGCUACAUUUGUUGUAAUAUAAUAACACUCAUAAAAUAACAUCCUUUAAAGCCGGCCUUUUAUAACCAGUGUUUGUGUUAUAGGAAAAAAUAUGUGGAUGAAAGAUCUUUUUCGUCGUGGCCUUAAAGGUCCCUUAGAAGAUGAGGAAUUGUAUCAACAUCGUAAAAAUUUAGAUAGCGAGCGUGUAACUGAGAAAUUUGGUCGUUUAUGGGAUGAAGAACGAAAACGCAAGAACCCGAGUGUUGUACGUAUGAUAGUUAAAGCGUAUGGGACAGUGUUUUUACCAUUGGGUAUUUUAUAUUCAAUUUGUGAAUCUAUAACAAAAGCUUUACAACCACUGUUCUUGGGAGGAUUGGUGGCUUAUUUUGCAAAUGGACAAACUGCAAUAAGCGAGAAAAGUGCUUAUCUUUUUGCCGGUGGUAUUGUGUUGUGUUCGAUAGUGCCGGUCCUGACAUUCCAUCCAUUUAUAUUCUACAUAUUUCAAGUGGGCACGAAAAUACGGUUAGCACUAUCUGGUUUGAUAUAUCGUAAAUGUUUGCAAAUUUCUAAAAGUGCCAGCAAUGACGGCUUACGCGGGCGUGCUAUAAAUAUAUUAUCUAAUGAUUUGGGAAGAUUUGAUGUGGCAUUAUGUUUUUUACACGACAUUUGGAAAGGUCCUAUCGAAUCCCUUGUAAUCGGUUAUUUAAUGUACCGAGAAAUUGGCAUGUCGGCUGUGAUUGGUGUGGCGUUUAUGUUGAGUUUUAUUCCUCUGCAAGCAUGGGCGGCUAAAAAGGCUGCAUAUUAUAGACAGAGGACAGCGGAACGAACAGAUCUUCGAGUAAAGCUUAUGAACGAAAUUAUACAAGGAAUUCAGGUAAUAAAAAUGUACGCAUGGGAAAAAUCUUUUGCCAAGGUUGUAGCCGAAGUUAGAUUGAAAGAAGUUAAAGCUAUACGAGGAACUUCAUAUAUACAUGCUGCUCUAAGUUGUACAUCGAUGAUAUCUCCACUUUCAGUGUUUUUGGCAUUGGUUUCAUAUGUAUAUAUGGGUGAUACUUUGACUGCAAAACGAGUAUAUACAGUGUCGUCAUAUUUCAAUAUGUUAAAUGAUUCAAUGGUACACUUCUGGCCCCUUUCAAUAACGUUUAUUGCUGAGGCUUGCGUCUCAGCCAGAAGAUGCAAAGAAUUUCUUUUGGAUGGUGACCAGGCUGAAGCUCCAUUGAAAUUGGAAAAGAAAUUAAAAAAGAAAAAGGCAAACAAAUCUCAAAAUAAAGACCAAAAUAAAAAUACAGUAGAAAAAUUAAAUUUCAUAGACAACCGAAUAAAAGCGCCUAUUGAAUCUAGUCCUGUGCGGAAUGUAAGAACAUUAAAUAUUAAUGCCGGAUCGAAGGGAGUGAUACUGCGUAAUGCUACUGCAACAUGGGAUAGUGAUAGCUCACAUAGCUACACAAGUCCAGCAAUAUCAAAUUUAAAUGUUGAAAUCAAUGAAAAAACUUUGGCUGCAAUCGUUGGACCAGUAGGUUCAGGUAAAUCGACCUUUCUUAAUGUUCUUUUGGGAGAAGUUCAAAUUGACUCCGGUGAAGUUCUAGUCAAUGGAAAGGUAUCAUAUUGCUCUCAAGAACCUUGGGUAUUUGAAGGGACAAUUAGAGACAAUGUUGUCUUUGUUGAAGAUUAUAAUGAAAGACGGUAUAAACGCGUCUUAAAAGUGUGCGCUUUAGAAAGAGACCUUGAGUUACUUCCCCGAGGAGAUUUGACAAUAGUUGGAGAGCGUGGAGUAAGUCUUAGCGGAGGUCAAAAAGCUCGUAUAAAUUUAGCCAGAGCUGUUUAUCGUAAAGCGGAUAUCUACCUCUUAGACGAUCCUUUAUCAGCUGUAGAUACUCAUGUUGGCAAACACAUUUUUGAGAGAUGCAUAAAUGAUUUCUUGUCGUCGAAAGUUCGAAUAUUGGUUACACAUCAAUUGCAGUAUUUGUUUGACGUUGAGCAACUUUUGUUAAUGGGAUCGGGGAGAAUUGUAGCACAAGGUAGCUAUCAGGAACUUCAAAGGUCUAAACAGUUUCAAUUUUUGGCUCAAACCCACCAUGAAUGUGGCGGUGGAGAUACGACUGGUGAUGAGGUUAGUGUUAGCAGUCACUUGUCUAGAAGUGACUCAGAAAAAAGUAUGGAACAUUAUUACCAUUUGUUGCGGCCGGACGAAAAGCCUGUUGAAGAUGUGAAUAAAGAAGCCCAAGCAAUAGGGUCUGUUAAGCUAGAUGUCUAUCUUUCAUACUUUAAAGCCCUUGAAAGUACCUUUAUACUAAUCCUUAUUGUAGGACUAUUCAUAUGUGCCCGCAUAAUGCUGAAUGGUGUUGAUUAUUUCUUAUCACGAUGGGUUAUUUGGGAGGAAAACCGAAAUUCAUCCUAUGUUGGUGCAAAUAAUUCUUUUGCAGAAGUUCUGAUUUCGAAUUACACAAUUUUUGAUACAACUUCCAAUGGAGACUUUCAAGAGAAAGAAAAUGAAAGACAAAAGAGAGUGAUUAUUUAUUCAUCAAUGUUGGGAGCUACCCUGGUUGUGUAUUUGUUACGGACUUUUGGAUUUUUCCGAAUGUGUUUAAGAAUUUCUUUAAAAUUGCAUGAUCGCUUAUUUCGAGGUAUUACGCGAACAAGUAUGUACUUCUUCAAUACAAACUCUUCUGGCCGCAUUUUGAACCGUUUUUCAAAAGAUAUCAGAACUGUGGAUGCAGAUUUACCUCACACGCUAAUGGAUUGUUUAUCUUUUGCUAUUGAUGCCUCAGGCGUACUGAUUAUUGUGGCGAUUGCAAAUUAUUGGCUGUUAGUACCUGCAGUUUUAAUAGUUAUUUGUCUUGUUGGUAUUCGAUUUCUCUACGUAAACACAAGUCGAAGUGUCAAACGUUUGGAAUCUAUUUCGCGCAGCCCUGUGUACUCGCUUACCAAUCAAACCUUCCAAGGACUUACAACAAUUCGAGCAUUGGAAGCCGAAUCAGCAUUAGAAUCGGAAUUUCAUGAUUAUUUAAACGCAAAUACGUCUGCAUGGUUCUUGUUUCUGUCUUGUACUAGAGCAUUUGCCUUAUGGACAGAUAUUAUUUGUGUUUUUUACAUAACUGUCGUUACAUUUAGUUUUCUAUUACUCGGAGCGGACUUUAACAGUGGGGAUGUCGGCUUGGCCAUUCUACAUUCAAGUACUAUGAUUGGUAUGUGUCAAUGGGGCAUGCGUCAAACAGCAGAAUUAGAGAAUCAAAUGACCAGUGUUGAACGUGUGUUAGAGUAUACCGAACAACCUCCAGAGCCACCAAUGGAAACAUUAGAUGAAUUCAAACCCAAAGGCGAAUGGCCAAGCAAAGGCCGUAUUGAGUUUAUUAACUUCAAAUUGAAAUAUGAUCCAAAAGAGUCGUAUGUCUUAAAGGAUCUAAACUUUUCUAUUGAAUCGAAUGAGAAAGUUGGCAUCGUAGGAAGAACAGGAGCUGGUAAAUCUUCUAUUAUACAAUCACUAUUUCGCUUAGCUUACAAUGAGGGUGUAAUUCGUAUUGACAAUGUGAACAUUGAACAACUAGGACUUUAUGAUUUGAGAAGCAAUAUUUCUAUUAUACCACAAGAUCCUGUACUAUUUUCGGGCACGUUACGCUAUAAUCUGGAUCCAUUAGAAGAAUGCAGUGACGUGGAAAUGUGGAAGGCGUUAGAAGAUGUCGAAUUAAGAGGACAUGUAUCGACACUUAUUGGUGGAUUAAACUGUCGCAUGUAUGAUGGUGGCUCUAAUUUUAGUGUAGGUCAAAGACAACUGGUUUGCUUAGCAAGAGCAAUUCUCAGAAAAAAUAAAAUUUUAAUUCUAGAUGAAGCUACAGCUAACGUGGAUCCUGAAACAGAUAAACUUAUACAAAAAACUAUAAGAACGAAAUUCUCGGACUGUACCGUUCUAACCAUAGCCCAUCGUUUGCACACUGUUAUGGAUAGUGAUAGAGUUUUAGUUAUGGAUGCUGGUCAAGCUGUUGAAUUGGGUCAUCCUUUUGAGUUACUACAAAAACCAGGUGGCUUCCUACGUAACUUAGUUGAUCAUACCGGCCUAGCGACAGCAGCAGCCCUAUUUCAAGCUGCUGAGGAAAACUAUGAGUUGAAAUUUGAAGGAACUAAAAACGACACAGAUAUAAAAAAACAAUUGUGAUAAAAAGUAUACAGAAACUUCUACAUCAUAUAUAUACAUUCAUGUUUACAUAUAAACCUACCCUACAGUACGAAAAGUGCCAAUUAGCAGCUUUCACUAGUUGUAUUACCACAUUUCUAACUAAAUACACAUUUAGUACACAUUUGAUUAACAAGAAGUUUAUGAAAAUAAAUUCCAAAUAAAUUAAAUGUCACUUUGAUAGCACAAAUAAUUACAUGGUUAAUUUCUGACGAAAUGUAAUGCUGAAAUGUCCGUUUGAAUUUAAUGAUGCGGAAAUACAAAAAUUGGUACGAAAAGUUUAUGCCAUUCAUAACAACAAUUAGUGCUUCGUACUAGCAAGAGAGCUUCCAACUACAAAUCAAUAGACACGUAGUUUAACCCCAGUUUCAGAAUUAUUUUUUUCUUUUUUCGUUGGAGAAUUUGAACUAGAGAUGUUAAUGAAUGGAUGCAAUGAUAAAAUUCCUCGUGGGUUAAUUUCACUAGUGUUUGUUCUUUAUGGCUGUUAAUAUCGCCGCUGUAGAACUAAUUCGUCAUACUGCAGGGUACUUAUGAGUGAAAUCCCUUUAAAAUGUAUUAGUCAAUUUUUAUUUAAAUUUAAUCAAUUAAUUUUUUUAAGGUAUUCAAUUAAUACUGCCAAUUUUAAAAGCUCAGUACUUAAUUUAUUUCUUCCAUUUAUGUGUUAUAAUUAAAUACAUACAGGAUAUACCUUUUUAUGUUCGUAUGUAAGUGUAAAUUGUAAAAUAUAAUAAUUUAUUAUAGGUGUUUGUAUUAAUUUAAAUUAAAUGCAAUGUAUUAUACAAAGUAUUUGUAUUCAUAAUCUGAUCAAAAGUAAUAUAGGAAUUUUCAUUUUUUAUAUUAUAUUAGAAGUUUACAUAUGUUUAAGACUAGCUAUUGAAAUUAAUAUACGUAGGCGUACUUACAAAUUCAAUACAUAUUUUUGUACUUAACAUAUUUAAAACCAAAUAAAGUGCCUAAAUUUAUGCAAUUUUUCGUGAGAAAAAUGUUAAAUUAUAAAUAAAAAUAAAUGAUAUGAUGAUCACUAAACACAA